AUGUCCGCCCAAGAAGAAUUCAACCAGCUGGUGAACAAUAACCGUUCCCGCUUCACCUCCCACCCAGAAGACCACGACCACGACUCAGACCCUCACUUCUCAGACGACGAACCCACCUCCCGCCUCCGCUCCCGCCAAACCGUCGACUCAUCCGACGAAGAAGCCGACGACAUGGUUUCCUCUCGCACCGCCAACACAAACUACCACAUCCCCAACACUGUCUACGAGGCCAACACAGGUCCCAAGGGCGUCAUCGCCGACGCCCAGGCCUUCGAGCGCGCACGAAAGAAGUCCUUCCGCCGCACUCUCCUCAGCGCUGCGGGGCUCGACUCAGACAGCCCCUCCUACAGCUCGUCUACUCGCGAUGACGUGCCCCUCGCCGGCGGCGAUCAGUCCUCUGCUAGCGAGGACGACGACGAGGCCCGCUUCAUGCGGAAAUGGCGCCAGUCCCGUAUGCACGAGCUACAGGAUCGGAAUAGUCGCCGUUCCAGUCCGCGGGGUAGACGGUUUGGAUCGGUUCAGACUGUUGAUGCGGUGGGGUACCUUGAUGCUAUUGAGAAGGUGACUUCUGAUACUGUUGUUGUUGUCUGUAUCUACGACCAAAAGUCUGAUGACAGCGCUAUGGUCGAGGAAUGUCUUGUCACUAUCGCUCGCAGACAACCUACUACCCGCUUCGUUAAGCUGCACCAGGAUAUCGCGGAGAUGGAUCACAUCAAGGCCCCCGCUCUGCUGGCCUACCGUGGCGGCGAUGUCUUUGCUACCAUCAUCGAUGUCCUGCACAACAUUCCUCGCGGCCGCAGCUGCAGUGCCGACAGUCUUGAGGACUUGUUGAAGUUGAACCAUGUGCUAUGA